AUGAUUAUUGAUAUCCAUUUAGAAGUCUUAGAAGAAUGUCAAAAAGGGGACCUGCAUUCGUUGAAAGAGGACUUUUUUGGAAUUUUGGUUCAAGAAUUUAUGGGACCCAAAUUUAUAAAACAAGAAAAGGCCCCUAAGGAAAGUGUUCCAAGUUCAGAAUCCGGGUUUAGGGAGGAAGACUUUGUUCCUAGGGAAGACGUUCCUAAGGAAGAUGUUCCUAAGGAACGUGUUCCAAGUUCAGAUUCCGGGUUUUAG